AUGGGUAAGAAGCGGCGCGCGGGGGGAGGCUGUUCCAAGAUGGCGGCGGGCUGCUGCGGGGUGAAGAAGCAGAAACUGUCCAGCUCGCCCCCGUCCGGCUCGGCGGCCGCCUCCUCGUCUUCUUCUUCGUCUUGCACGGCCGGCCCGCACCCCCCGUGCGGCGGUGGCGGCGGCGGCAGCAGCGAGGGCCAGGGCCGGGCCAGGGAGCUCGGGCUGGGGGGCGCAGGCGCCCGGCUCAACGGGCUCGGGAGCGGCGGCGGCGGCGGCGGCAGCGUGGGGGGGAUUCCCUUGUCGGCGCCCUCGGGCUGCGGCGGGGGGAGCCUGCUCCCCGCCGCCGCCGCCCCCCCCGCGGCUGCCCCGCCACAGCCGCCGCCGCAGCCGCAGCCGCUGGCGGCCCCCGCGCCCGGUGGCGGCGGCGCCCGGAAGAUGGUCGUGUCGCCCGAGAUGUGCUGCUUCUGCUUCGACGUGCUCUACUGUCACCUGAACGGCUACCAGCAGCCCCGGGCCCCCCGCUUCACCAACGAGCCCUACCCACUGUUUGUUACGUGGAAGAUUGGUCGAGAUAAACGAUUACGUGGAUGCAUAGGUACUUUUUCUGCCAUGAACCUGCAUUCAGGACUCAGGGAGUACACACUUACCAGUGCCCUUAAAGAUAGCCGUUUCCCCCCAAUGACAAGGGAGGAGCUGCCCCGGCUAACCUGCUCAGUGUCUCUGCUCACUAACUUUGAAGAUGUCUGUGAUUAUUUGGACUGGGAGGUGGGUGUACAUGGCAUUAGAAUAGAGUUCAUCAAUGAAAAAGGAUCAAAACGCACGGCCACCUACCUACCAGAGGUCGCAAAGGAGCAAGGAUGGGACCACAUUCAGACCAUAGAUUCCUUACUGAGAAAAGGAGGCUACAAAGCUACAAUUACAAAUGAAUUCAGGAAAAGCAUCAAACUGACCAGGUACCGCAGUGAGAAGAUGACCAUGAGCUACUCGGAGUAUGUUGCCCACCGUCAGCAUCAUCACUUCCAGAAUGGCAUUGGGCACCCUCUGCCACCUUACAACCAUUACUCCUGACACUGAGCCACAUGACCAGUCCCUGGACCUCUCUGCAGACCUCUUUCCAGGAGACCCUCCCCCUUCUUGGUCUAGCUAUCUCUAUUACUGUACCAUUUUAUGAUGAUAGUUUCCGUUGCCAUGGUGAGACUUCUACUUAAUUGGUUAAGCUCAUUAUGGUAACGGGUGGGAAAAAAUGCAUU